CGGAAGCGGCGGCGGGGCGCGGCCAUGGGCGCCCGCGGGCUGCAGACGGCAGUGGUGGAGUUGGCGCCGGGGGCGGCCUGCGAGAGCAGUACGGAGAGCGGGCAUCCAGACAAUCAGCCUGUGGUCAUCCUUCUUGGUUGGGCCGGCUGCCAGGACAAAUACCUGGCCAAGUACAGCACAAUAUACAGUCAGAAGGGUUGCAAUGUCAUCCGCUACACAGCUCCAUGGAGGAUGAUAUUCUUCUCUGAGUCCUUUGGCAUCAGAUCCCUCCAGACCGAAGCCAGGCGACUCCUGGAGCUGCUCUUUGACUACAGCAUUGAAAAGAGACCGGUUCUCUUUCAUGUUUUUAGCAACGGUGGUGUCAUGCUGUACCGUUACAUCAUCGAGGUGCUCCACACUCACAAACCAUUUGAGAACCUCAAAGUAGUGGGCACCAUUUUUGAUAGUGCCCCUGGCAGAAGAAACUUGAGAGGAGGCCUUCGUGCCUUGGCGACUGUCUUGGUAUCCACAAAUGUGCUACUCAAGUGUAUCCUCUUAUUUGCUUUUGCUGCUACGGCUGUUGUGCUGCGGAUCUUGCUGUACCCACUGACUCGCUUCAUCCACGAGACUCAUUAUGAUGCCCUGCUGAAAGCGCCCUCGCGGUGGCCGGAGCUUUACCUCUACUCUGAAGCUGAUGCGAUCAUCCGUUCCAGUGACAUUAAGUACAUGGCUGAUGCCCGACGGCAGUGCGGUGUCUCUGUGAAAGCUGUAGACUUCUCAGAUUCAGCUCAUGUCAGCCAUAUGCGGGCGUAUCCCACCUAUUACAGCAACCUCUGUACGACUUUCCUGUCCGACUGUGUCAGGGACUCAACUCGUUAGUGGUGUAAUAAUCCCCGGUGUUCUCCUCUGCAGUGUCCUCCCCUUGCCUUCAUGUCUUUGAAGGGAGAAAACUAGAGACUUCUUAGUUUGUGUUGGUUUUUUUUUUGCCAUCAUCUACAACUCUGAAAGCAGUAGAUGUGGAUUAAUUUAAAAUAAUGAAAGUGAAACUCUAGCACAGUCGCAACUGACAUGCUUUACUAAGGUGUCACAGACCAGAAUCUCGCAGGGAGUGUUAUUUGUUUCUGUCUCUUAUUGUUCUCUGCUUUCUAUGUUGUCUCCUCGUCCCUGAUGUCCAAUGUGUGUUUUCUUUUGCCUUGUACUGAUUUCACAAUACAGCUCUUUCAUGUCUUUGUUGUUUUUUUUCCUCUCUGCCGUUUCUUUUAUCUUGCAAUGAGCAAACAGAAGCAGCUCUGCAGGACUUUUCUCUCAGUGUGUCCCAGCUCUUAUACUCCUUGCUGGAGGUCAGGCCUAGAAACCAGAUGUAAGACCUGAAAAAGCUCUGUGUGGGGCAGUAUUACCAGACUGUCAUCUGAUUCCGUUAAAUAACUGAGAUGGAGUUGUCAAAGCUCUGAUUCUUGGUUGGAGCACGAAUGUCUGUGAUAACUUCUGUGUUCUUCAGCCACAAGGUUUAAGUUAACCUUUUUGAGUGUGUCUCGUGUUUUGUUUCUCCUCCUUCCAGUCUUUUGUGUGUUCUGCUGAGUGGUUUUGCUUUCUUGCAGAACUGCUCAUUUAUUAUUGUGUGCCUUUGAGCAGCCUCUGUUGUGCAUCUGGAAAUGCAGGGAAACUGGCACAGCUGUAACCUAAAAGACCUCAGAAAUGGAAAGGUGGAGCUGCAGAGAAAAAUGAAACUGUCUCUUGGAGCUAUGAUUUAUACUGGGUGUUUCUUAAAUCACUUCCAGCCCACAAAUGACCAUGAAAUUUGAUGGUUUUCCUCAUAACGUUCUCUUCAGAUGAUCAGUCUUUGCUGUCUGUGCAGCACGUACUUGUAACACAUGGAGCUAUUUCUUCCCACCUAGUGAAAAAGUAGCUCAUUGCACUGCGCUUCAGCUGUGUUUGGUCUGGGGUUGGUUAUUUCUUUGGAGGAGAAGCAGGGAUAAAGGCUGAGGAGAGCCUGCUAAUAUGUUUAUGCCAUGUCUCAGCAUUGCAGCUAAUUAAUAAUGUUAGGACAGGACCAAAGAUUGCUGGGAACGGGCUCUGGAGGGCUCUGAUAUGGGCCUGUUUGAAGAAAGGGCUGCCUUUGAGAGGUGGGAACAUAAAAAGCAUGAGAAUUUUUACAGGUAUUUGCUGCCUAUGCUUGUCUUGCCCACUGUUGGGGUGCUGUCAUCCACAACUGGAAAGUGCUUUCUGUUCUGAAUCGAAACGCAGAGAGGGAGGUCUCUUGGGAAGCACUAAAAUAAUUUGCAAGUUUAAAAGGAGAAAUGUAACACCUCUCAGAAGUGGAAGCACAGGGUGAGUGGUGGUCAGUGGCCAGUGCAACUGUUUUUAGCAGGCUGGUGUGGCAACGCCUAUUUAGGGCAAAUAACCUCAUGUUGGGCAUCAUUUUAAAGGGUGGACUGGGGUGUGUAGGAUAGGUGAGAAUUAACUGAAAAGGGGCUGAUGGCCUGGUUUGUCUUCAAGCUUUUUAGAGUGAAAACUGGCUCCAGGACAGGAGCCCUUGUUGCUUCUGUAGGUGUGAUCCCAGUUUCAGCUUCUACUGAACGUGUGCUGGGAGGACUGCCUUGCGAUAAGGUAAUCUUCAGCCUGCUGUGUUUCAGGAAGAAAUUGUUGUUCCUAGAGACAGGUUUGGACCUGUAAAAUCCAGGCAUGGCCCCCUACCCCCAGAAAGCCCAUUGGAGAUCUUCCAGGUUUUUAAAGCAGGCCCCUGAUUUGUGCUGUCAGUGCUGUAAUUCCUGAGCUGUGAUCUGUUUCCUUGCCUUCCCGAAGAGCUGGGCUGUGUCUUCUGAGCAUCCAGCCUGUUUGUGGCACUCUGAGAACUCUUAGGGAGCAGAGGUGUUAAAGGUUAUUUAACUAGCACUUGCCCUCAUGCUGGUUUCUACAGGUUCUGUAUUUACAGAACAGUUAAACACUCCAUAAUGUACACCUCUGAAUUAAUACAGUUGUGCUGGGCUGGGAAUCUGCUGCCCCUGUUUAUUGCUGGGGGCGUUGAACUCCUAUUUAAGGACCUGGGCUGUUGCUGAGCGUGGCUGGCAGGACUUGAAGCUAAACCCUCUGUCCCUGUGCAAUGGGACAGCAAAGCUCCCUCUGGGAAGAACCUCCAGCUAAACUUUCCAUCGUUGCCUUCCCACCACAGGAUUGCUUCUCCCCCAACUCAACCUAACUCUACUCCACUUUCCGGGGCAGGGAGUGAGUGCUGCCUGCUUGAGCUCCGCAGUCAGAGGUGCUGUGUGAGCAGGCACUUCCACUGCUGCAAAACUGAGUUGAAAUUCAGGGCUAAUUUGUGUACGCAUCUCUGAAAGCAGAAGGCAACUCGAGCAAGCCCGUGAUUUAGAGGCUGUUUUCAGCACCAGCGUUCUGAGUGGGUUUUGUUUUCUGUGUCCCAGCAAGUUUUAAUGAUGGUUGUUAGCAGUGUGCUGAAUGCAUCGUGUGAUGUAUUGCCCUCUUCUUCCCCAUACAGCACGUAUGCUCUCACACACGCACUUCUGCCCUCUUUAUUUCUGUCGCUUGUUAUUUGAAACAGAAGGUUAAUAACUUGGAGCCUGAAGGCACGUGGUCAAGAACUGAUCCAAGCGCUACUGGAUUUAAAAAAAACCAGCCUCAAACCCUUCAUCUUUGCUGAACUGUCGCAUUUGGUGCAGCCUGAACACCAAAAGCUAAAGGCUGGGAUAUUUUGGCAAAUCCAGGUAAAUCUCUUGAGAGAAGCUUUGGGAGCCGCAUUGGCUCUUUGGGAAGGAAAGCAGAGCACCCCUGGGCUUGCCUCUGGGGGAGGAGCGGGAUGUGGCACUGGCAAUCUGCGUCUGGGGAUCCCGGAGCUCAUUUUCCUACACUCCAUGCCCUGUGCGCAGAGCAGCGUGGGAGGAGAGGAGGAUGCCCAGGGGCCGCUUGCUGUGUGUUUGCCAGCUAGGUUCAGUUUUGCAAGAGACAAAUUGAUGUUUCCUCAGCAACAAAAGCCAUUUGUUAGCGUUUCUCUCG